AAAAAAGAAAAAAAAAAAAAAAAAAAAAAAAAAAAACUGGAAAUGGCGACACCGGCCGGAACUGCGCUUCGUCGACUCGCCCUCACCGCAUUCACCACCGCCUCCCGCAGCAGCACAAUCGCAUCCACUCGCGCAAUUAGCACUUCUGCAGCAGCAAUGUCUUCUUCCUACACCCCCCGCGCUAUCGGCGCCGCCAACACGCUCGAGCACAGAAUCUUCAUCGAGAAGGACGGCGUCCCGAUCUCGCCGUUCCAUGAUAUCCCCUUGUACGCCAACGAGCAGCAGACGGUGCUUAACAUGAUUGUUGAGAUUCCGCGCUGGACUAAUGCUAAGCUUGAGAUCUCCAAGGAAGAGACCCUCAACCCCAUCAAGCAGGACGUCAAGAAGGGCAAGCUCCGCUACGUCCGCAACUGCUUCCCCCACCACGGAUACAUCCACAACUACGGCGCCUUCCCGCAGACCUGGGAGGACCCCAACGUCAAGCACCCCGACACCCUCGAGGUCGGCGACAACGACCCGCUCGACGUCUGCGAAAUCGGAUGGCAGGUCUCCUACCCCGGCGAGGUCAAGCAGGUCAAGGUCCUCGGCGUCAUGGCCCUCCUCGACGAGGGCGAGACCGACUGGAAGAUCAUCGCCAUCGACGUCCGCGACCCGCUCGCACCCAAGCUCAACGACAUCGAGGACGUCGAGAAGUACCUCCCCGGCCUGCUCCGCGCCACCAACGAGUGGUUCCGCAUCUACAAGAUGCCCGACGGAAAGCCCGAGAACCACUUCGCCUUCUCCGGCGAGUGCCGCAACAAGAAGUACGCUCUCGAGGUCAUCCGCGAGACCGCCGAGGCCUGGAAGCGCCUGGUCGAGGGCAAGGUCGACGGUAAGGGCAUCUCGCUCACAAACACCACCCUCGCCGACACCGCCGGCUACACCGACGCCGCCACGCUCUCCAUCCCCGCGGGCGAGAACUUGCCUCCUGCGCCCAUCGAUUCCUCCAUCGACAAGUGGUUCUUCUUGGCUGGUGCUCAGUAAGCGCUCAAAUGCUCUAGUAGUGCUGUAAAUUCCCCUUUUUGAUAUCGCUUUUUUUGAAUCAGAAAAUUUUGCUUUUGGAUUGCAGACCGUAAUCUCGUAUAUAUUACUAUAAUAGAAACAAUGUCACAUUGUCUUGCAAAACAAUUUCAUACAAUGAAU